AGCCAUGCUGAGUCAAGCCUGUCUCAGGCUGUCCUCAAGGAUCUUGGCGCACACCCCCACACUCCGUGAAAACUUAUCCUUACCUCGCUCGUCUUGUUGAUGGCGCGUGCUCUUGUAACCGCCUGCAUGGUAGGAGCCACCGGCGUGGCCGGCCUGGCCUCUGAGGGCGAUCUUCAGCUGAUGCAGGUUUGGAAGACAGACACGAACGCCUCGGGGAAGCCUUCACGGGUGUUUCGGCAUGAAGAAAAGGGUCCUGGAGUUGUUUCCCAACCUUCUUGUGGUUCUCCGUGCUCGUCGUGAAUCCCAGUGCCCGUUUCCAGACGAGAACCCAGGCAGAGGGAGGGCAGGGAAACGGACUCGGAAGAGGAUGCUGGUCCCGGGGGGCUGCCCCGAGGGGGGGCAAGACCCGCCUCCACCAGGACCCCUUUCUCCUCACGCCAAGGCGGCCUUCUUCGUCGGAGGUUCUUCCUCGACCCCCAUCAUGGCUAUGCACGCAGAAGAGCGGGGGCUCAAGUCGGUGGUCUGCACGCUGAAGAGAGACGCCACGGAGGAGCAGGUCACCGCUUUCUGCAACCAGUUCCAGAGCCCGCUGUACACGUAUCCGCCCGAGGUCCCUUUCUGUCACGGGUACGUGACGGAGGCUGGACUCAGUGCGGUACUCGAGCAGCACGAUCUCGUGGUCGUAUGCGAGGAGGACCCGUACCAGAAAAAGGCCUGGGAGCACAUUGAUCCAGAGGACAGUCCUCUGGAGCGUCGGACCUACCCAUGGGGCGUAGUGGACAUCAAUGCGGACCAGAUCCGGGGGCGGGGCGUGGGGGUGAACGUGUACGUGCUGGACACAGGCAUCUACACGGCCCACGCCCUUUUCGGCGGCCGGGCCUUUGCUGGAAUAGACAUGGCUUCUACGGGGAGCUUUCAGGUCUGCGCGCCAUCCAGCACAACGUGCGCCGCAGACAACAAUGGGCACGGCACACACUGCGCGGGCACUGUGGGGGCCACGACAUACGGCGUCGCGGAUGGCGCGACGCUCUGGGCAAUGAAGGUCCUCGAUGACGCGGGCCUCGGCUUGACCAUGUGGUCCAUCGUUGCUGAGCAGUACGUUUUGGCGUCUGGCCUGAGGCCAGCAGUGAUCAGCAUGAGUCUCGGAGGCGUCGGCACCAGCACCUCGGAGAAGACCUCGGUCGAUUCGCUAGUGGCCGAUGGUGUGACCGUGGUGGUGGCUGCAGGAAACCAGAACGUUGAUGCGUGCGGCUACAACCCAGCAAACAUCCCGUCGGCUAUCACGGUGGCAUCCUAUGGCGGGACUUCGGGUUCGUCGCCCGCCAUGUCUGGGUUCAGCAACUACGGCUCUUGCGUCGAUGUCUGGGCUCCUGGCUCGGCUAUCCUCUCGACGUUCAUUGGCAGCCCUGUCGCGUUGGGUAUUGCUUCGGGUACGUCGAUGGCCUGCCCCCACGUCUCAGGGCUCGCGGCUAUCAUGUAUGAGGCGUAUCCAACGGCGGGGACCAUGACCGCGUCACAGAGGUGGGAUAUCCUCACGGCCUCGAAUCGUGUUGAUUAUGUGACCGGCAUCCCCGCGACCCCAGCCACUGUUAACCUGGUGGCCCUGGCACCCACGCCGACAACCCCGCCACUGGUGGCGACUGGCUUUGAGUAUAUCAACUCGGAGCGGUGCACCACGUCUCCUGGAGCACUUACCAAAACCGGUACUUCUUGGAGCUGGAGCUGCGUCGGGUUCGACACCCGCACCGAUGUGGUGUCGACUGGGGAAGGUCCGCGAGGAAUAUCUUUCAAGUGCCCGUGCACGAACAACUAUGUCUCUGUCGGCCUGCAGCAGGCGGGCAUCAGCGGCUCCCCGCAAGCGUCCACGCCGAGCACUUGGGACACAUCCUCUACGUCCGACUUCAAGGACUUGUAUGAUGCCACCAUCACAAGCCCAUCGACAUCGUGCACCAACAACGCGUGUGCAGGUAACAUGUACCUAAAUGGGAUUGAUGCUGGCUUCUCCUGCCGCUACGGCACGGUAUUCACCCACUACAACAACAACGAAGUGUACACGAAUGUCGGAAGCCAGGAUGCAUCUGAGGUUCUCAGCCUCAUUAUUGAUGGUAAUAAUUUCCUUUGGUAUAAGGGCAGCUCGCUAGUGAUGCAGCAGGGAGGCGUUUCUGGACAGAGGUCCAGUGUCUCCGUCAGGACGCCGCUAUGGGUGGUGGCUACGGUACACAAUGGGGAAGACUAUGCGUGUUCCAGCCCGCAUCUUAACGAACUGACAUACAUCAGCUCGCUUGGCGUGACCUGGAAUCCUGCGGUGCCAACGCCGGCGCCGACUCCAAGCCCGACGCCCAGCCCUACGCCCAGCCCGACGCCCAGCCCGACGCCGAGUCCGACGCCCAGCCCGACGCCCAGCCCGACGCCCGAUCCGACGCCGAGCCCGACGUCUGGCUCGACGGGGACGCCUGGUGCCGAUGGGGCUGCUGCAACUGGCGAUCCCCACCUACAGAACAUCCAUGGUGAUCGGUUCGACUUGAUGAAGGCGGGCAAGCAUGUUCUGAUCAAUAUUCCUCGUGGGAUGAGCGCUGAAAACGCUCUGCUUCGCGUCGAGGCCGAUGCGCGCCGACUGGGAGGGAGUUGCGCUGACAUGUACUUCCAAGAGUUAAACGUCACAGGGACUUGGGCAGAUGCACAGCGGGUUGGAGGCUAUCAUUUCAGCGUGUGGCAAAGUGAGAACGAGACUCUUGGGUGGAUUGCUCUGGGUAAGGUCGAGCUUAAGAUAGCUCAUGGACAUACAGACAGUGGCUUUCACUACCUGAACGUGUACGUGAAGCAUUUAGGGCGAUCAGGAUUUGCUGUGGGGGGCCUACUGGGGGAGGAUGACCACGGAGACGUGAUCGUUCCUAUGGCGGCGUGUGCCAAACGUCUCUCUCUGGUGGAUCACCUGGUCGAGGGCCGCACCUCGCCUUCAGGUUUUUCAAUCGCAGCAGCAAGCCUUGAUUGACCCUGCUUGGGCAGUGGUGUGCACUUCUGUUAGGCGCAAGUCGAGGGCCCGAUCUCCCGGGCUCUCCUCCGUGGAUCCUGCGCACGAAGCAUAAAUAGGGUAUGCAGGUAUACUUUGAGGUUGGGUCAAGGAGAGAGUGAGAAGCACAGUACGGUUAAACACGUUUGUUGUUCCUCUAUGCCAGUAGUAUGAUUGCUGUUGUCGUUGCGGACUGCUCACUUCUAGAGUGGAAUGCUAUUGAUCUCAGCGGUGACGUGCGAGGCGCUCUCGCCUCGACGCGGGCUACAUAUCCUCUCACAGCGGCGCAUCGCCUGGACGCGAGCUUGAUUUAGCUGGGGGGAACAUGAGACUCGAUUUCGCCAGAACGCGGGUUUACCGACGCUUUUUGACGGGCCCGUCUCAAAUUUGGACGGUCUAGUUUUCGUGGAAUGCUUGCAGCGGGAGCCCGCGCCAACUUUCAGCUUGGGUCUUGCCAUUUGUCUACCGGCAGUGGGCUGUUGUCGAUUUAGAGCGUCCCGCCUCGCUCUCAGAGCGUGCUGGAGUUCUCUGUAACGUCCGCGUCGCCCCAUGCAUCCUCCAGAACCGCCGGAUCUCAGAGAUCCCCGGCUUAUCCUGUCCGAUGCUGUUCCUGUCUUGGCUCUGAUCUGAUGUUGACUGCGCACACGCAGCAGCACCGCCAUCGGAACAAGUGAGAA